CGGGGUCCCCGCGAGCGCUCCGGAGCGAGCCGCCGGCCGGGUCAGGCGUGAGGACCGAGCGCGAGGGCGCCGGCCGAGCGGCAGUCGGGUCGCGGAGGGCCCCCCGCGGGUUCACGUAACGCCCGACGCGUCACUUCAGGGGUCCUGAGAACCAGGUACACUCACCUGUGUAUGUGAGAGAAGAUCCAACACCUGGCAUUCAAGUAGGUAAAGAAACCAUUUCUACUUCAAAAUGUUGGAGGAAGAUAUGGAAGUGGCCAUCAAGAUGGUGGUUGUCGGGAAUGGAGCAGUUGGGAAAUCAAGCAUGAUUCAGAGAUACUGCAAAGGCGUUUUUACAAAAGACUACAAGAAAACCAUUGGAGUUGACUUUUUGGAGCGACAAAUACAAGUUAAUGAUGAAGAUGUCAGAUUAAUGUUAUGGGAUACCGCAGGUCAAGAGGAAUUUGAUGCUAUAACAAAGGCCUAUUACCGAGGAGCCCAGGCUUGCGUACUUGUGUUUUCUACUACAGACCGGGAAUCUUUCGAAGCAGUCUCCAGCUGGAGAGAAAAAGUAGUGGCUGAAGUCGGAGAGAUACCAACUGUGCUGGUGCAGAACAAGAUCGAUCUGCUGGAUGAGGCCUGUAUAAAGAACGAGGAGGCGGAGGCCCUGGCGAAAAGGCUGAAGCUGAGGUUCUACAGGACAUCAGUGAAAGAAGACCUCAACGUGGGUGAAGUUUUUAAAUAUUUGGCUGAAAAAUAUCUUCAAAAACUGAAACAACAAAUAGCUGAGGAUCCAGAACUAAGGUCUUCAAGUAGUAAUAAAAUCGGUGUCUUCAAUACAUCUGGGAGCAGUCACUUGGCUCAGAAUCCAAGUACCCUGAAUGGCGGAGAUGUCCUCAAUCUUAGACCUAACAAAGAGAGGACCAAGAAAAACAGGAGUCCGUUUAGCAGCUGUAGUGUACCCUAAGUGUUUAGGGAGGGAAAAUUGAAUUAUGUUCCUCAGUUCAGUAAGAAACACACCCGGGUGUCACGGUAUGUUCAAGUGUUUUAGCAGACUUACACCUGCUGGCUCCCUGAAAGCGACAGAUGUUAACGUUACGCUUUUUGGAAAGUGGAGUGAGACCUCUGGUGAAAUAUUACUACCCUGUGGACUCAUUUUAUUUUUUUAUAUUACAUGAACUUUGUCCUGUAUUUGAAGGAAUGCUGCAAGAAAUACCAAAAGCAGGUUUUGCUAAAUUGUAAAUGCUGAAAACAUGACUGAAAUGCUUAAUGUGGGUCCAGUUUAAUGUAGUGCAUCAAGGAACGGUGACAAGCAUCCUUUUUCUGAAACUGGCCAUCUAGCUUUUAUGAAAAAUAGUGUCGAGUCUGAAUACUAACAGAAGUAGUCCUGCGCGGUGCACGCGCCAGGCGGCAGUGCUGUGCAGCACCUGCGGGUGCUGAGUGGCGCUGUGCCUGUGCGGGGACACACAUGCUGAUCACGUAGAGGGUCAUUUACACACUGCGAGCCUUUAUCUUCAAAUAAGAAACUCUAGGUCUAUAUUUUGCAAAAUGAGUUUCAACUAAAAAGUGCUUUGUGCCAAAAAUAUUGACCUAAUUUUUACAACACUUUACUGUCAGAAUUUAUAUUGUUUUCCUCUGUGGCAGGAUUCAUAAAAGAGGGCUGUGUAGGUUUGAAGCCAGAAGUCUUGGGGAAACUCCAGUCAGCCCUCCUGGUGUGGCCACUGUCAGCGCAGUGGCUCAUGCCAUUGUCAGGCUGCGGCGUCCCUGGAGGUGUGUGGCAGCUCUGCGGUUGCUCAGGACAACUGUGAUGCGUGCUGACCAACAGCCCCUUUUAUGAUUAUGCUAGCCAUUUUUUAAAAUGCAUAAACAGUUACUUUCUGUCUGAGUCCAUUUUAUGGAUUUUAUAAUGUCCAGCAACUCUAGAGCAUCAUUUUUGUUUACACAUUUUUGAUGGUACUGUAUGUUAAGAUAUUGCCUAAAAAUUUCUAUUGCCUUUGGUUUGUAUAGCACUUUCUCAAGAGCUCUGUCAGUACCACAUAAAAAGUAAUUUCCUGUGGGCCAGGGAGCUAGCUCAGCAGUCUAAGCACCUGCCUAAGAAGCACAGGGACCUGGGUUUGA